AUGCAUGCCUCAGCGGAGAGUGACAAGAAGUUCAAGCAGAAGUUCUUGAGAAAGGCAGAGUUUGACCCACUCUCUUUACAGGAGUUUCGCCGGGAGGCCUUGCUUCAGUACUCAAACACAAACCAGUCGGAGCCUCUGAGAAUUUUGAUUUUCCUGUUCUUGACCAUCUGCGGGUUGUUUUCGCCAACCUUCUUUCCAUCCAACGCGGGGCCACCCUUUUUUGUCGCCGCUGUGGCUGUGACCCUGGUCUCCGGAUUCCUGUUUCUUCGUGAGCGCGGCAAGAGGACCGCCCAGCUGGUACGCCUGGAGCGCGAGUAUUCUAUCGGUGACCUCUCCGUCGAGAUUUCGGAUCCUGUCUCUGGCAGGUCCCAGACCAAGGAGCUUCAGGCACGUGCUGGAAGGUACCGGCUGGUGGCCCUCUUUGGCAGCUUCGAGCAGCUCGUCGAGUCGCUUCAGGCCGCACUGCCCUACCGGAGGCGCUUCGAGCAAAGCCGGGUGCUCGUCCUGGCAGUGUCGGCGACUUUGGAGGAUUCCGACAAGGUGGUCGCCUUUGCAGCCUUCAAUUCGGAGGCGCUCCUGCGUCAGGCAGGACAGGGCUGGACCCUGGCUGGCCAAAGCAAAGCAGCUGCGGCGCUGGAGGAUCUGGACAAGAACACCUCCGGUGACUGCCUUUGGGUGGGGCUCAACUUCCGGGGCAGGGUCUUUGGCAGUGACUUCGGCUGUCCCAUCUGGGAUGAGGUGCUUGCUGCAAUGCCGCCGCUGAAGCGGCUGAGCUCCCUCGAGGAGUGCUAUGCUAUGGCGGAGGCGAGCGGCGCUCUGGAAGCCCAGGAGGAGUUCUACCGAGCACUCUGUGAAGGGGAUGCCAAAGCCAUAGCCGAGAUGUUCGGAGACAAGGCGGAUGAUCCGGAGCUCACAGCUGCCAUUCAGGUGGAUGCUGAGACAAAGAGCACGAACUUGAGCCCCUGGGACGUGGUGCUGGCGCCAGAGAACCGGCCAGAGCUCAAGACGGCGAGCGCAGAUUGUGUCAGCCUCUCAGAGACCACCUCCAUCACCACCUGCAUAGAGUUUCCUGUUCUGGGCCCGACCCUGCUGGCAACUCAAACCUGGAAGCGAAGCGAUGCCUCGGCGCCCUGGCGGCUGCAGAACCAUCGCAGCAUCCCUUAUGCGACCCAAAUUGAGGCACGCGUCGCCUUGCGCUGUGACCAUAGAGGUUGUGUGGCUUUUGGCAAGCAACUGGACGCUAUGCGUUAG